CUCAGUAAAACGGGAGAUAGUAGUAAACUGUAAACUUUGAGCGAGAGGGACUGUUCGCCCACGCUUUGGUAAAAUAUCACGCCAACCUCGUCCACAGCUGUUUCCCCCAAGCCAACGGAAUGGUGUGAAUGUCCUGCCGCGAGGAGAACGACUUUGAUAUCCGCAUCCACCGGAGCGACUUUCAGCUUUUUGGAGACUCUGCAUUACGUCCGCUCGUGUUCAGGAGCUAACGCUUUGAACUCUGGGGCCUGAAGCUGACGUCCUGUGGACUGCUUCAUAGAGAGGGAAACCUUUGUGAAAAGCAAGAGAAAGACCUGUGCACCCGGCGUCUUCAUCCUGGAAGCUGCAGGAUAAUUACAAAAUGGCUAGAAGAUCCCCCAUUCCCUUGUUACUUCUAGCAAUAUGCUGCCUGGCAUCUGCAGGGCCGUUGUUUCGCAGCCCUUGUGAGCUGCUGCCGGUGGGGAUGGGACACCCGGUGCAGGCCAUGUUGAAGAGCUUCACAGCCCUGUCAGGCUGUGCAAGCAGGGGCACCACCAGCCUCCCUCAGGAGAUCCACAUCAUCAACCUGAGAGGACAUGCUCCAGAGGGUCCAGACAACACACCGGCAGAAGUUGAGCUGCAUCUGAAGCCUAUCCAGUCUUUGCUGCGCCACCAGAAGCCACUGGUCUUCGUGCUCAAUUCCCCCCAACCACUGAUCUGGAAGAUCAAGACAGAGAACCUGGCCCGGGGCAUUAAACGUACCUUUCAUGUAUCUGAGGGCUCAGAGGUCCACUUUCAGCCGGGAAACUUCUCCCUCUCCUGCCAGAUCCAAAAGGAGACACUUCCCCAUGGCAAUGAGCACCUCCUCAACUGGGCCCAGAGGAAGUACAGGGCAGUCACCUCUUUCUCUGAGCUCAGGGUGACUCAAGACAUCUACAUCAAAGUUGGAGAAGAUCCAGUGUUUCCUGAGUCUUGCAAGAUUGAUACCAAGUUCCUGUCUCUGAACUACCUGGGCGGCUACAUAGAGCCACAAACAUCAAAGGGUUGUGUCCUGUCUGGACCUGACAAAGACCGAGAAGUCCACAUCAUUGAGCUCCAAGCGCCCAACUCCAGCAGUGCUUUCCAGGUGGAUGUCAUAGUGGAACUACGACCUCUAGAGGACGAUGCCCCGCUGCAUCGUGAUGUCGUAUUGCUGCUCAAGUGCGCCAAGUCUGUCAACUGGCUCAUCAAGGUCCACAGUGUGAUUGGCAAGCUGGAUGUAGUGGCCUCUGAUACCGUGAGUCUUAGUUCAAAUACGGAGAGACUGAUGCAAGUGUCAAAAUCCCCCAAGCAGCACUUGCCAUCAGGGCCACAAGCCUUGAUCAAGUGGGCAGGGGAGCAUGGCUACAGUCCGGUUACGUCCUACACCAGCACUCCUGUGGCUAACCAGUUCAGUAUCCGAUUUAGAGAGCCAGAUGUGGUGGAUCCUCUGGACAGUAUGUUGCCUCCAGAGCUCUCCAUCCUGCGUGACUCCAGUCCUCAUCCAGGAGCCCGAGCGGCAUCACGACGGUCCGGUAUACCCUUUCCCUUCGCUCCACCAGUGUCGGACAGACUGCCCUACCUGCAUCUGCCCUCCUCCCAUGACGGACGGCCAUGGGAAAACGGAGAGUCUGAGGAGCAGCAGGGCGUUCUGACUGUAGGCCUCAGUGUGCAGUGUGAGGACACGAGGAUGGUGGUCAGCAUCGACAGAGAAAGCCUGCAAGCGAAUGGGUUUACGCAUGCCAACCUUACACUCCAAGACCCAGCUUGCAGAGCAACAGUCAAUGCCACACACUACACACUGGAAACUCCUCUGACUGGCUGUCAGACCACCAUAUAUCCCAUGCCAGGUAGCCCAGUGGCCUUCUACAUCAACUCUGUUUUGAUAAGUCAUGCUGAGACUAAGGAUGGGAGUGGUGGGCCACUGGAUUAUGAGGAUCUGGAACCCGGAGACGGGCUGUCCCCAAGGAACCCAGUGGGGUUUGAGAAGACAUUUAGGGAGCCCACAGAGCACCAGUCCGUCAUUGUGUUCAACUGCACGUACCGAAACCACCAGCCAACCUCCGAAUUACUUCCCAGGAUUGUGCCAGGACCUGGGCGGCAACCGGUCAACAACAUGACGUUUAACAUGGAGUUGUACAACACUCUGCCGUUCAACAGCUCUUCGCGCCAGGCCUUCUACACCGUUUCACAAAAUCAGCAAGUCUUCGUGGAGGUCACAUCAACCGCAUCUGAUCCGGAGCUGGGGUUCACCAUCAUAUCGUGCAUCAUUUCUACCAACUCCAACCCCAGCGUGUCCUCAAACUACACUCUCAUUGAGACAGUCUGCCCCACAGACGACUCCAUCAAGUACUAUCCUCAGAGGGACUUCCCUGUCUCUUACACACAGGCGGAGAAGAAAAGUUUCAGCUUCACCUUCAACUCAAAGUUAAACAUGUCCCUACUUUUCCUGCACUGCGAGAUGUCCCUGUGCUCCAAAAGAUAUCAGAGCAACCACCUACCGCUGUGUUUACGACCCAGUGAGACCUGCGAUUCUCUUUCUCUGGACAAUAUCAUGGCGAUGAUGAUGAACACCAAGACGUCCACCAAGCCACUGGUUGUGGUGGAUGGGUCUGGACAACCGGACAUGACAAUUAUUCCUUCUCCCGAAGCUACCCAAAGCCCACCGGGUCGUCCUAAUGAUGACAUACUGUAUGUACUGGACACUCCGACAGUGGUGGGGAUCGCCUUUGCAGCCUUUGUGAUUGGGGCCCUGUUGACCGGGGCCCUGUGGUUUAUCUACUCACACACAGGAGAGACAGCUGGCACACAGCAGGUCCAGAAGUCCCAGCCGGCCUCAGAGAACAGCAGCGCAGCCCACAGUAUCGGCAGCACCCAAAGCACACCCUGCUCCAGCAGCAGCACUGCGUAGCCCAGGACGUGACCCAGCGGGGGCGCAGGGACUGGUUCGUUGAUCUCCUUCAAUGAAAGGAAUUAUUUGUGGAGAUGCAAUUAGAAGGAAAAAAGUAUGAAAAAAGAAAACACACUAACGCCUUUAGUCCUUGUAUAAAUUCAUUUUGUGCCACACAAGUGUGUGCAGGCAAACCUGCUGUUACUGAGCUGCAAUAGUAGCGAGACCCAGCUUGGCAGCCUCCCCUCACAUCUAGCACAGCAAACUACAAGAAACAAAUGUGAGUUUAUAGCAGGCAUUUCUUUCGAAUCCAAAUGCUGGCGUUGUCUGACCACAACACAGCCUUUUGUUUUGACCUUAAAUGGUUUGAUUUAGGCAGUUUGGCACAAGCAGGGGUAAUCCAACAGCAAAGCAAUCAGGCUGCAGUGAUGUCAGAGUUAGUAAGUGAGAUGUUGAUGGCGGGACUGUAACGCGUUACUUUAUGACAUGCAACCCUGGAGGUGGCGAAAGAGCAGAGCAACCACUAUUAACAUGCGGACAAAAGUGCAGUAUGAACGGAAGUCGUCAUCUUGACACACAGAGAUGAUGGCUUUUAAAAGAUGCAAGACAUUGUAGGUAUUGAAUGUAUACAGAAGAGUAAAUGCCAAAAAAUGUGAAAGACAAAUGUGAAAGACAUGCUGAUGAAAUGCCACGUUUAAUAAUGUACUCAUUUCAAUCAUUGUUCCCUUAUAAUGGUUUUAUAUAUAUUUCUAUGCAGUAGUCAUAGAAUUGCAUUUCAGCAGGUCGGGGUCUGAGUCUCAGUUUCAUUAAUGUUACACAACUUCACAGGGGCAUUGUGUGCUACAUUUAACUAGUUGUUAACAGAAUAGUUGGGAAAUACGUUUAUUUGAUUUUUAUCCAAAAGUUAGAUGAGAAGGUCGAUGGCUCUCGUGUGUGCGUUAACGAUGAAGCUCGAUACAGGGGGUGAAUAGCCUAGCUUGGCUAGAAGGCUGGAAGCAAGUUAGCUCAGAGAAAUAACUUUUAAGAAAAAGCUGCAGCAUAAAACUCCCCCUAAAACUGCAAAUUGUCAUUUUAAUUUUCUGCCCUGUAUGCUGGUUAAACAAACAAGGUGUUUAUUAGUUUGCUUUAGAGGGGGUUUGUAGGUGUAUUUUUUUUAGCUUUGUACAGAGCCAGGCUAGCUGUUUACCCCUACUUCCAGUUUUAUGAUAAGCUAGGCCAAUCUCCUCCUGGCUCCAAUCAAGAGCUUCAGAGAGCUCACACUCAAAAAAUUAAGCGAAUAAGCAUAUUUCUCAAAAUGUAAAAAUAGUCUUUUAAGACCUGUAUAUUUCUGUGAAUAUUGUAAAUAGUCAAAAAUGUUGCGAGACAGAAUGUGUACCAAUUCAGUUUUUGUACUUCUGUAUUACACACUAGAUUUACCUGUGUGAGGUGCAAAUUAACACCAUUUCUCAUUUUAAAAGUGAUAAAAUAAGAAUUGAAUGAAAUGAAUUGAAAUUGAUGAAUGACAGGUUAAACUUAGGGUAUAAUUUAAGAUCAUGAGUUCAAAUCAUGGUUUUAGUAUAGUUGACGUAAUGUCUGCUCCUUUACACUGUUAUAGUCGUUAAUUUUUGCUAACUUUUGCAGUUAAUCUAUUGUUUAGUCUAUACAAUGUCAGAAGAUAGUGAGAAAUAUCCAUCAGACCAACAGUCCUGACCCCAUGUUCUAUUUUAAACAGAGAAAACUGACAUUUGAGAAACUGCAAAAAAUACAUUUUUGAGGUUUUCCCUUGAUAAAUGCCUUAAAUGAUGAUUCUUUUUCUGUCAUUUGACUAAUCCAUUAUUCAACUAAAUGAUUCAGCUCUUCUUUACACAUUCAGCUGAUUGUUCUUUUAUCAGACAGAGUCUGAGGAAGAAUAGAUUUGUUACAUUAUAAAACCAAAUGUACAGUGUAUGGAUUUUUUUUUUGCCCAGUACUUUUUGUAUUAAUCUUGGCACUGACAGUAUUGAAUAAGCUGUAGCUGAAGCUCAUUGUUAUGGACAUAAAACUGCAACACCACGACUACCCCACCAUCUUAGUAUAAUAUGAAUGUUUUCUAUAGUGCCUUCUUUUAACCUGUAUGUGUUUUUAUCAGACUGCGGGUGGGAGUAACUGGGCCUUUGAAUUUGAGAAGUUUGCCUGUAACAAUUUUAAUCAUAACAAGAAAAACAGAAUGUAUUUUAUCUUAAAGCUUUUUAUUUUUUAUUUUUUUUUAUUAUGUAAACAUGUAUAGAGCUUUCUAAAGAUGGAAGAGAGUAUAAAUAUAUAUAAAAUAUAUAUAUUUGUGUAUAGAAUUAUAUUUUGGAAUAUAUUUACCAAGAGAAAUUUAUUGUCUUCUAUGAGUGUAAGUACUGUGAAUUGUGGAUCUGCUCAUACCUAACACACCUUUGUGGGGGAUUUAUUCAGUUUAUUCAUAAAAGCCCCAUGGCAUGUUUUAUGACACUUUGACUAAUGAAAAUAUAAUAAUCAAAGAAAUAAUACAUAUACAAGUAUUAAGCUUUUUUUUAAGAAUCACAAUCUGUGUCUGUUUUACUGACCCAGAAAAAUGAAAAAUGUUUAAAUAUUUUUACCUAUAUUUUCAAUAGUUUAGCAGUUGUUUACAGUAAAAACAACUUUGACUUCAUUUGAAGAAUGUGUCAUAAAACAUGUAAUGAGUUUGUUAUGAAUAUCGUACAUAAAUGCUUUUCAACCUGCAGGUAAUUGCUUCUGUACAUGGAACACAACUCCUAAUGUUUUGUCUAAACAUUACUACUUUAUUUUCUGAUUUGGAGGGAAUUUUGAAUUCCUCACUUUGCAAUAUCGACUUAUUAUUGAAGUAGUUGCAGAUUGAUUACUAUUUUGUUAUAUUUACUAAAAUAUUUUCAUAUGAUAUAAAGAAAUCAGAUGUUAUAUAACCUUGCUAGAUGAGUACAUUUAAAUACAGAGUUCCUAUCCUUGAAGGGAAGCUGUAGCAAUGAAUAUUAAACUAUGUUUUCAACACAGUAUUUGUAAAUGAUGGAGUUUAUUCUAAAAGUGAGUAACAAAAACCAGAUCACAAACUUGUUUAGGGCCUUCUGUUGUCACAGCAAAGAUGUUUGUCCUCUUCAGAUAAUGAAAACAAUCAAACCAAGGCUGAGCCACUGAUGGCAGUAGUUAAACCAAAGUGAAAGUGGAAUGUAUAAUAAGAGUCUACGUAUUCAUUGAGAAUGGAGGGUGGAGAAAAUCCAACUCUGUUAUUUUGUUUCUGGAAACUCAACUGUUUUCAAUAACACUUGAGAAAUAUUUUUAUUAAGUCAUAUUAGAACCACUUGUUUUCAGAGCAACAUUAGAACUUGUUUGUUUAAUCGGGCCCGUUGCCAGGUGUGUUCAUGCCCAAACCCUGUUCUCUAAAUCUCUAUUCUGGUUAUACAGUAAAUACACAGCAGUGAUAUGUAGUGCACUGUUGCUGUUGUCAGGCAGAAUUGCUUUGUGAACAACAACACUGUGUCCCACUGUAUACAGAACUGACAUAGUGAUAGAUCCAUGUCGCGCUGAGUGGGAAUGUGCCGCAGCCUAUAAUCAGCGGCCAUUGUGCGAUUAAGGCUUGAUGACUUUCCUGUAGUUUUGAGGUUUCUGUUAUCGACUGUGGCAAAUCCAUCUCCCAUGUGUAAUUAUCUCCUCCACCCCCCUCGUGUCAUGCUGUUAAGUGUCUGAGCCUCAAGUUAUGUUCUGGAUCUAAUCUUCUCAUUUGAGGUAAUUUGGGGAUCUUCUUUCACCCAAACCAACAAUCCAUGAGAGUUGCUGUUCAAAUAUCAACAUUUCUCCCCUGCCUGUUGCCUUAGUGCAUGCUGGGAAAGGCUCCAACCCCACAUUCGUGUGCUGAAAUAGUAAAAUAUACCUUCAUUAUGACUCAUAGUUAAUGCUGAUCUGAUAACAGCUGUAAUUGAAGCACACAUCCACAUUAUCUAGUUAUAGAAUAUUUUUUUUUUUUUUUUUUUUAACCAUUUGACUACCUCAUGUUUUUCUAUGAAUGUGUAAUUUGUGUCCUAUGUGUGUGUUGGUAAGUGUGUUUUUUGUGCAUAUGUUUGAAAUACUUAUAGAUUAUAUUUCAGUUGGAUGAUUUGGGGCCCCUACGUGGUUUUAUUGCAGUUUCUCGUUUCUUUUUCAAUCUCUAAGCAAAGAAAUUAAGAGUGUGGGCUUUCCCACGAUGCCAAGAUUGCCUUUUUUUGGGGCAUUGUAAAUGUGUAAAAUUUUGGUUAGCUAUUGUUUCCUUUUAAUUUUUGGAAAUUUUUUAUAUGCUGUAAAUACGCAUGCUAUUUGUAUACCCAUUAUGUCCAAUAAACUUUCCUAAUAAUUUA